AUGAGUAUAUCAUAUUUAAGGAAUUUUUCAUGUAUAUAUAUAUUUUUGAUCAUUAUAUGGCAAUUUAGUUAUGUAUAUAAUGAAAGUUAUUCAAAUAUAAAAUGGGAACAUGAUUUAUUUAGUAUCAGUGAUUUACAUAGUGAUUUGGAUGCUUUAAAACAGAUUUUAUUAAAUGAGAAAAUAAUUGAUGAAGAAGAUAAUGCAAUAAGACGAAAUGUACUAGUGGUAAUAACUGGUGAUGUUUUAGACCCAACUUAUGAUGAUAUAAAAAUUUUAUAUUUUAUUCAAAACUAUAAUAUAAAGGCAAAACCAUUAAAUUCACAAAUACAAUUAAUAUUAGGUAAUCAUGAAGUUAAAAACAUUUGUCUAGAUUUUAGUGACCAGAACAGAUAUGUAAAGGAAUUUGAAGCCAGAAAUAAUUUAUUUAAAAAUGGUGAAAUGUUAUAUAAUUAUUUAUUGGAACUACCUUUUAUCAUCAAAGUAAAUGAUAUUUUAUUUUCACAUGCUAGUAUAAUGCCUUAUUUUGCUAAAUAUGGUAUUGAUGAGAUAAAUAAUGAAGGAAAGAAUGAAAUAAAAAAUAAUUGUGAAUUAUUCAAAUUGAAAAAAAGGAGUGGUCAAAGAUUCUGUGUUUGUUGUUUGCAUGGACCGACAUUUAAUAGAUAUUUUGCUCGUGCUAGAGAAUUACCUUUUAGAAAUCAUGUAUGUAAAUCUCUUUCUAAAACACUAAAAAAAUUAAAUGCCAAGAAAUUGGUUAAUGGACAUACUAUUCAAAGAAAUAAAAAGGUUAAUGAAUACUGUAAAGGAAGUCUUAUAUUGGCUGAUACUGGUAUAAGUAAAUGGAAGUAUGGUGUUAUUAAUUAUAUUCAACAUUUUCAGGAUGGAACACAUAAAAUAAAUUAUAUAAAUAUGGAUAUAUAUUAA